GGAAAGCAAGAAGGGCACCACUAACCGCCUCGCCCUCGAAGUCUCGAACUCUUGAAGUUCAAACUCUCAACUUUCUUGACGCUCAAAGCAACGCCGUUCCUUUUACCUUAUUUACAUCGCUACCUGCAUUCCAUUUCGUCGUGACAUAGCUCCUCGGAGCUAUGUUGCCCCGCCUAUAGGUAAAGUGGGAAUCACACACACCUCGAAGCGAAGAACGUCGAUUACAAAUGAAGCUCCUGGUAAAGCUUCUGCACGUUUGCGCCGUGUUUCUUAGCUGGCGCUUACAAGCAACCGCGUUCAACUUCACAGCCAACUAUAUCGGUUGUCCACAGAAGUGCGAUAGCAAUAAGGGCAGUGGUGCAUGUGUUGCGCGCGUCUCGGGAGGUGGUGGAUGGUGUGUAUGCUUUCCGGGCUUUGGCGGUCCAGGAUGCAACAUCAGCGCCGCAACGCUCUUCGGAGUGCCCGAUCCGUAUGCCCCAAUAAUUCAGGGCCUGGCAACUGCUGGCUCGAGCGCAAUGGGCAGCCAGGCGGCGCCCAGCGGCAGCAGUGGCCUGGCCCCAGUGCUGGACGCGGUGUUCGGCGGGGGCAGUGGUGGCAGUGGUGCUGGCGACCAGGGGCCGCAGCUGGUGGUGCAGGUGGGCUGCGGCCGCCAGGCGGCGCUGGAGUGGGGCGUGCGGCUGCGGGAGCGGGGCGGCGGGCUGCUGCUGUGUGUGGACUACUUCCUGGUGGCCUGGGCGGACAGGGUGAUGGCGGGCGCUGCGGGGGCCAGCGGCGGCACAGCGGCGGCGGGCCAGCAGCAACAGGCGCUGGGCGCGGACCUGCUCGCUGCUCCGCUGCGGCAGCUGCUGGCGGCGGUGCAGGCAGCAGGCCUGAGGCAGUGGGUGCUGCCGCUGCCCGGGCACCCCCGGGACGUGCUGCGCGCACUGACAGCUCUGGGCGCCGCGCCCGACGUCAUCAGUCUUGGGGCCGUGGAGGGAGCAGGUGCAGGUGGCAACCGGGAGGCUCUGGAACGCUGGCUGGCGCUGCUGCCCGCUGGCGGGGUGCUGGUCCUGGCGCACGCCAACAGCAGCACUGCCGCUGACGUCAGUUCGUUUGCGGCAGCGGCCGGUGCGGCGGUGGUGACCCUGGCCUCACACAGCCUGGUGGUCAAGGGAGGCGGCGGCGGCGCAGGCACUACUGCGGGGGCGGCCGUGCAGCAACCUGCGGGCGGCGCCGCGGCGGCGGGCGUGGAGUCGUGCGACCCGGCCGGCGCCGUUCCUCCCGCCGGCUGGGCUCCGUGCGGCAUGAAGUUCAUCCAGGUGGACAUGGCGGGCAGGGCCGUGAGCGCCGCCUUCGUCAGCCAGGGGCCGUGGGGCAACCUGCUCAGCCCCUACUACAUGGGCCUGGCAGUGGCCCAGCUGCUGGGCUUCCCCUACCGCUACCACAGCGGCUUCAGUGAGGAUGCCUGGCUGCGCCACCUGCCGCGCGAGGUGGCUCCGGGGCUGGUGUGUGCCAACGCCAGCGAGGUGGCGCGCGCAUGCCAGCGCUGCGCCGACCCCAACAUGUGGGAGUUCGCGCACGGCUGCGACGCGGGCUGGACACGGACUCGCAAGGCCAUGCAGCACGUGACGCGCGCGGCACUGGAGUCGUGGGCGCAGGCGGCGGGCAAGGCGCUGCCGGCCUUUGAGGCGGGCGACGCGGUGAUCCAGGUGCGGUGCGCGCAGGACACACUGCUGGCCCACGGCUACUACGGCCCCACCGCCUUCAGCGCCUACACCACCUACCUGCCGCCAGACACCAAGCGCGUGUUCGCCAUCUACGCACACCACGGCCACAACGGCCCGGCUGUGUACACGCCGUGCGACAAGCUGGUUGACGCCAUGGGCCGGUUCAUCACACAGCGCCGCCCGGGCGUCAGCUUCGGCAUCCUGGGCGGCGAAAAGUGGGAGGACUUUGCGCGGCUGGUGUACGCGCCCGUGGCCUUCCGCGACUCCAUGAGCUCCUUCGGCCUGUGGGCCACGCUGGCCAACACCGGCCGCGUGUUCGCGCCGCCCGGCCUGGCGCCCAUCAAGGACAGCCACAAGAGCCUGGACUACACGCUGCCGUACGUGGACGACACCUACCGCUUCGUGAACGUGCCCGUGCUCUACCCCGAGGUGGCGCGCCGCCUCAACCUCACCACCGACCUGGCGGACCAGUCGCCGCAGAUAGACCGCAUCAUCGCCUGGCUAGAGAGCAACUAGGGGACGGGGGGUGGGGUGCCGGGGGCGCCUUCGCAACGAGGUACGUGCUGGGACGACUGGCAGAGUACGGAUGUAGGUGGUAGAAGGGGGCAACUCGCGAGCGGUGCCAGAUGAGUGAUUUGUUGGGAAGAUGGGAUAACUCGUUGUGAAAGUGAACUCGUACAGGCUAGUACUGCUGUGCACUGCAUCACACAGCGCUGUGCACCUACGUGACUUGUGUGCGGAUGGGGUUAUGUCAUGCCUUAUCUUGCAAUCGUCAUACUUGUUAUCAAUGCUUCGCGUUUCUUCUGCUAGUUGUGUACAAGCAUGGCCGUGCCUGGCGCAUCAGGAGCACUUGUAGACCCCAGGUUGCCACCACAGAGUGCAACGUGAAUCUGGCGCGCGGGACUGGGCAGGUGCAUAUGCUGAUUGCUGACGCGUGACGCGCCCAUUCUUCAUGCUGCCCUGCAAAUUGUGCACUGGCGAGCGCAAUGGUGAUAUAAUGAUUGGAUGGAGCCCACAGGAGUAGCACUGGAGUAGUACUGGCAACGCACAAUAGUUCUGGCAUCGGGACUUACGCCUUCGAGUGUGAAAGAUGUAACCACCUGGCGCG